CUACCGCUAUCUGCAGGAGGAUUGGACUAAACACCCUGACAAUUGUGACCGAGGUAUCCCACCUCAACGCCAGUGAACGGAAGAAAUUUGUGACGUGCUUAACCCAGAUUUUCCACCGUCAAAUGCUGGUGUUUGUACGACAGUUUUCUGAGCACGUUAUGGAUGUGAAAAUGUGCUAAAUUUAUCGUAGAUUCAAUUAUUACUCAGGUGUUUGUGACAAUGUGUGAUAACGCUAGCUGCCAGAACGUUAACUAGGUUUUAAAUAUCAAGCUUACGAUAAGUGUGGUGUUGGAGCAGAACUAUUAUGAACAAUCCAUAUCGUGCGAGACCAGCUAGAGCUAGGGUGGAUCAUGCCGCAGUUUCAGGGUAUGGACCUCAGAGUCAAAGUACUUGGAAUUCUAUGCCGCCUGAGAGACGAUCAGGAAUUUUGCCGGCGAAUGUUUAUCAGCAGCAGCCCAAUUCUUUGAUUCAACCUCAGCAACAGCAGCAGCCACAACAGCAAUCGCAUGAUCCCUGGGACUGGGGUACCGAUAACGGUAAUAAUGGCAAUAGUGAUUCGUGGAAUUCGAGCAUUGAUCAAAAGCCAGAGUCUCUACAUCAGCUUUCUCAGCAUCAUCAAUUUCCUUCUGGCCGCACGAAUAAUAGUCAAAGUAUACAGAAUCCACAGCAGGGAAUGUAUUAUGCAAAUGUUAACAGAAAUAGUAGACCUAAUGUACUUAAUCAUCAGCCUACUUCUGGUGGUGAUAUUCCACGGACGAGUCUAAGUAGAGAAUCUACACCAAGUAAUAAAGAUGGUUAUAAUCAAUACGCGCCUUACGAUUAUAAUCAGCCAUCGCAACAGCAACAACACUAUCAUUUACCACCUAGGCCUAAUUCUAAGUCAAGUUCUGCUGAUCAUUCACAAUGGUCUCCCAGCAGCCAACAAACAUCAAAUUUACCGCUCCUUGGUAAUAAUUCAAGCGGUCAGCAGGAUAACAUUAAAAAAAUACAGACACCUCCACUUCCUCCUCAAUCAAAUGCCUACAAUUGGAAUAAUAGCGACCAACAGUUGAAUCCUUCACUUCGUAACUGGCAAAAUCAUAAUGCCGCACCAGUCAGUGGGGCCUGGCAAGAACCAUCGCUGGUAGCAAACAAGCAACAAUCGAUAGAAAAUGUUAAUCAGUCUCAACAGGGACAACAGACUUCUCAAACAUUUGAUCCACCUAAGGAAUAUGCUUCACCAGGACAAUCUGAAUACUACACCAACUGGAACAGUCAUCAACAUCAACAGAGUAAUUUGUCUAAUCAGUGGUCUUCAAACUAUUCACACAAUACUUCAAAUGAAUCAACACAGCCUAUUCUGCAUCAGAAUAUGGGAACUACAGUUAUGAAUCAGUGGCAACAGCCAAUGUUUCAGCCACCUGUUUCUGCUGAAGAACUAGUAGGCACGCAAUCCACCCCAUCAAUACCCAAUCAAGCAGAUCAAAAUGUUCCUUCAAAUCAAUGGCAUCCACCGCAACCUCAUUAUGAAAAUGUAACGCCAAAAGAUUGGACCCCUGCACAAAGACCUGUGGAAUUGGUAACUUCGGAGAAGGAUUCAAUUUCUGUACCUCAUCAACAACAUGACUCUCUUGAAGCAGCAAAGAGUAACAAAAGUAUAAACGAUUGGCAACAUGCUCAGUCUCCUCCGCCACACUUUGCAGCAUCGACAGGCUCCACAAUUACUCAUACAUCUAACAUUGCGGAGCAAAUUCUAAGUGGUAACAAUCACAUUAACGAAAGAAAGCGAUCUGUGGGUAUACUACCGACGAGUUCCUCGCUUGUAAAUGACUCGUCGAUACAAACGAAACCUAAUGCAAUAGAAAAAAACAUUUCGGAUGAAUCAAAUUGGCCAGACGGUGAUGUUAAUGCAGCGUCAAGUGCUAUUGCUCAAAACAACACUGAGGUAGAUUGGUCCACGACUGCGGAAUGGGAUACUAUUCCCACUGCCGAGUUGUCUAGUGAUUUUAGUCAUUUAAGACUUUCUAACAAACCUAAUAGACAAUUGGAAAAUCAGACCCUUCCAUCUGAUAUGCAUUCCUCGAGUCACUCUACAGAUGGCUGGAGUUCUCAACCUAUAUCAGGGUCAGAAAAUCCAUCAGAUAAUUCACCACGUGAAAGUGUAGCCAGUGCACAGCCGGAACCCUACCGAGAUUCAAGUGAAAGAGCUCAUGCGUCAGAGCCUGAACAAAGUUUGGAUAAUCCGCUUACCACAUCUCAGUUUGAGCCUCAAGAACAUGUAUUACUUCAAACCCAUCAGCCUGAGAAUAGCAGGGCUUCCGAACCUGUUCCACAAAAUGCUGGGUAUGACCAAUGGUAUGCUCAGCGCAAUCCUGUAACGCAAUCAGAGAAUAGUUGGUAUCGCAAUGAUCAUCAGGGUAAAUCACAAAAGUGGAUGCAUGAGCAGAACAUUGAAAAUUAUGAAAACAUACAGCAGUCUGCUGAGUUUGGCAAUUUAGAAGUUGUUACUCCUGUGCUGCAGAAACGGAAUAUUUAUGGAUCGCAUGAUUCUAUGAAUAGGGAAACAUUGGACAAUGAACCAAAGGCGAGUGUCAAUCAAAUAAAAGAAUCCAGCACCCCAAGAGACUUUCAAGAAGAUAUUAACAAUGUAGAAGUACCUUCACUGCAACAGACGCAACAAUCUCUUCAGGUCGAACAGGCUCCCGAUAAUUACGAAUUUGCAUCGAACGAUAGAAACACGUUUUUGGAAACUGGCGAACUAACAGAUUCUCAUCAACAGCACGAACCCACUCCACCUAGCCAAGACGAUGAGAAUGACGAAGUUCCUAACGAUAUUCCAUUUUUAAGGGAAGUUCCUGGUCAGUCUAGUAAUUCUGAUCCUCGCCGAAACGAUCCUACUGGGCAGGAGCAAAAUAUUCAAGUCGGUCCACGGAGCUUGGACCCUCGUAGAAAUGACCCGUCAGGUCAAGAACACACUGUUCAACCAAUAAGAAAUAUCAGUGAUAGAACAGAGCGUAGAGAUGUUCCACCUGGACAAGAACGCAGUGCUCCAUUACCACCACGGACCGAUACAGAGCUACCUGAACGUAGAAAUGAUCCUUCCGGCAGAGAGAGAUCAUUACCCCCUCAGCCACCUAGAAAUGAUAGUGUAACAGACAAUCGCAGAAAUUUAUCGGAAACUAGACGUAAUGAUCCUUCUGGGGAAGAAUGUCUGCAAUCGCAGCCAGUGGUUGUGCCAGAGCCAGCUGAUCUAAGGGAAGUACCUGGCAGAGGAAACGAAAACGAAGAACCCAUUCAGCAGGCAGACAGCGGCUUGCGACAAAUUCCUGGUGGCGCAUCACCCAGUGCAGAAAUUCAAGUGUCUAACGAUAGGGAUGAUACAAGAGUAGUUACUGGAUCCCAGGAAGUGGCAGCGCUAAUCCCUGCAAGUACGAAACAUGAUCAAUCGAACGACUCUCUGAGCAAACGGGAAGAAGCUGUUGGUGCUUCUUUGGGUGAGAACCAAGGUAGUGCUGGGCAAAUAACCCGAAUUGAUUCCUAUGAAGAAGGGGAUGACGAAGGAUCGGGAAACAGUAGGGAUGAGAGCAGAGAACGUCGAAGGGAAAGAAGUCCAGAACGACGUGGUUACGAGUACGAUAGAAAAAAUAGAUACUACGACCGUGAUCGCGAUUUCGAUGAAGAAUACUACUAUGAAUCGCGGCGAGGAGGUGAUUUUGAUCGCACUUAUAAUUCUCGAGAAGAUCUCGAUCGACGCGAAGGUCCAUAUAGAGAUGACGAACGGCGUCAUACCAGUAAGGAUGAUUUAGAUAGACGUGGAAGAGACAAAGAUGAUACAGAUAACCAAAAGAUCAGAGCUAGACCCAAGGAUGACCUAGAAGAUAGAAGGAGAAGGGAUGAUGACAGAAGAAAAGUACGAGAAGAAUUAGAUGCAAGAGGAAGAGAUCACAGAGAUUAUGAUCCUAGAUAUUUCCGAGACAGAGAGUAUGCUGACCGAGACAGAAGAAGAGAGCCUGAUAGGCGAGGGCGCAGAUACGAAGAUUAUGAUCCUCGAGAGCCCUAUAGACGAGAUUACUAUGAAGAUCUGUACGCUAGAAACUCCAGGCCAUCCAGUAGAUCAUCUUACAACGACAGAGAUCGGGAUUAUUACCCAAGGUCAAGAGAUCCAUAUUAUGGAUAUAAUGCCUACGGUGGUGCAUAUACGGAUUAUGGUGCAAAUUAUGGAUCCAAUUAUUACGCGUAUUUGGAGAACAUGCGACGAACUAAUCCUGCUGCUUACAUGGAAUGGUAUCAGAAAUAUUAUGCCUCCCAACAUCAACAAGCACAGGCUGUUAGAGGAAAUGUCAACUACCCUGAGGAUAGAGCCAGUGUUCACUCAGGACGUAGCUCAUGCGAUGAAAGUUUAUGUGACAGGACAACUGGAGACAAACGUACGAUAGGUGAUAUUUCCUUAUUAGAAGACACGACAAUUGGAUCAGCAAGACUAACCCCAACCAAGUUUUCCACAUCUCAUGUUCAAGCUAGUUUCUCUACUGGCUCGUUGGUUCACGUGCAUGCAAGCUAUCCAGCUGAUGGAGAACUCGCUAGAGUGGAUGUCCUUCGUGUGUCAAGCCUACUUGCACACGAUCCUGUUGUACGAGAACUAGUGGCAUAUCCUGGCCCUCUGAUUAAGCAAGUGGGUGUGACUCACAAGAAGACUAUCAUUGAAUACUGUGAAGCCAAGAUUAAAAAAGCAGAAUGCAGUGAAGAUGUGGAUGAUCCUGCGUCUUAUAUAUUGUUGUAUAAACUUAUGGUGAUGCUGAUUCGACAGAAUGGGAAUGUCGUCGGAGUUGACAUAGCAGAAUUAUUGCUCUCGAAUCAGAAGUCCUACCCAUACACUGGAAAGCUUCAAGAAGUACAGCUCAGAAGAGAAUCUGUCAUUUCUCAAAAGUCUGGUGGUACAAGCGGUGACGAGCUUAACAGAGACACCGUUACACCCUUGGACACAGAUGAUACUGGAAACCUAAAUAAAAUGCUUUCUACUGAUCAGAUCACUGAUCACUUUAGGGAAUUGCUUUUAUAUGGUUGUGGCCAAGAGGCAUUGGAAUAUGCAAUGGAUAAGGGACUCUGGGGACAUGCCUUGUUCUUAGCAAGUAAGCUGGAUAAACGAACGCAUGCAUCCGUUAUGACUCGAUUUGCUAAUGGCUUGACGGCAAACGAUCCGCUACAGACUUUGUAUCAACUUCAAUCUGGCCGAGUACCUGCUAGUGUUACCUGUAUAGCAGAGCCAAAAUGGGGUGACUGGCGACCUCAUCUUGCGAUGAUAAUAUCUAACACAUCCCCUAACCCUGAAAUUAAUCGAAAAUCGAUUACAACCUUGGGCGAUACUUUAUUUGCACGAAAUCAUGUACACGCAGCCCACUUCUGCUACGUGUUAGCUCAAGUUGAUUUUGGACCUUAUGGAAUGCCGAAUAGUAAGCUUGUUCUGCUCGGAUCGAACCCUCACAAACCAUACAACGUUUUCGUAACAAACGAAGCUAUCAUGCUUACUGAGAUUUACGAGUACGCUCGCAAUCUUAGCGAACCUGGCUUUACGCUAAUCGAUCUGCAGACUUUUAAAUAUGGCCUGGCUGUGAAAUUGGUGGAUUAUGGGCUCACUGAAAAGGCAUUGUUAUAUAUCGAACAAAUUGCUGUAAAUAUCACUCGUGAGCCAUCGAAGUACCCGAUUUCCUUUGUUGAAAAAAUUCACAACUUGGGUGACAGAAUUAAGUACAGUGAUCCAGUAUGUAAGGAUUCAAUCGAAGAUGUUGCUAAUCUUGGAUGGUUGAACAGUCUGGUAGAAAUCCUCAAUAAGUACAAGACUGGUGAGAUAAUUCAAGAUGGAAUGUAUGAUGCCCAAAGUGACAGCACUAAGCAACACCGGGAACAGUAUGAAAGCCAGCAAACACAACAGCAAUGGGUUGUAGCUCAGCCUGAAUAUUCAGACGGUCCAACUUCUCUUGUGGAACCCACUACAUCCGACGUGAAAAAUGAUUGGCAGCCAAUGUCCUUGCCUAACGCCGUUCAAGAUCCGUAUACACAAAGCGGUCAACCUUCGCAAUACAUCGAAAAUUCAAUUGACUUAGCUCAGCACCAGCAGCCGCAAUCGCAAAUAGAUUAUUGGAGACAGCAAAGUUACACUCAACCUGAGUACAAUGCUCCAGAUUAUUCUACUGAGUGGCAGCAACAUUCCGAACAGCUGCAAUAUCAGAAUCAGAAUGAACAACCAGAUAAUACGGAUAAUGUACAACAAGAAUGGAACUAUGAGUCAGAGAAGGAGGAGAAGCCACCUACGCCUGAUGUAAGUAAUCUCACAAGCACUUCGCAUAGUACUCUCAGCUUCAAUCAACUGUCAGGUGCCCCGACAGAUAAUUGCCUGCGUCAACGUAAACCACUAAACAAACCAGACAUAAAUGUCAGUACGAGUGUUGCGGAAACUUGUGUUGCUCAAGAUAGUGUUCCGCUGCUUUCAUAUGUUACUCCUUUUGGCGCAAGUUGUAAACCACAUAAGUCUUUGAAAUCUUCAAAGUACCCAAAAUUAUCAUUGUCGUAUCCAGAAAUAAGGUCUGGCGAUAAAAUUAACUCCAAAUGCACAAGAGCCACUAAAAUUAGUUCAAUAUUAUCGAAACCACCUAGUUGCAAACCUGCUGUAUUUUUGAAAUGUAAACCGAAAUCAAUCAAUCAGCCAGUAGUUGACCACAACUUGGAUGCUGAAUCUGAUGAUAAGCUACAGUCUGAUAAUUUUGAUUUGCAAGAAAAAUCGAAACUCACCAAAACUCAAUCUGUAGAUGCAAACAAAGAAUUUGAAAAUACAAAAGCAGCCCCCCUCAGUGAUUUAGAUGUUCAGAUUAAUGAUCGUAACUUUGAACUGGUUAGCCGGUAUCGCUUGACAAAUAGAAGCCCACAUUUGAUUAAUAACCCUAGGCGUAAUAGCCAGAGUUUGAAACAAUAUUGCAACUUUGAAGAAAAAAAAGUAGUCAGAGUGGCACCUCAUAUUAGGAGUAAAGAUAUUAUUUGUGACACCGUUGAUGCAUGGUCUACUGAAUCUACCGCUCAAUUUAAUGGAGAACCCUCAUACUAUAAACCGCUUAUCUUUGGCGGAACAUAUCCUAUAGAUAUGCCUUUGCAUAGAAAUGCUAUCGAACGUGCAAGGCUAAUAAGGCAGUACGUUCAGGAUGGCAAGCACAUCUCGAAAACUUUUGAUAUUGAUGCUCCGACAAAUGAUAUUAUUUAAAAUACAUGUUACUAGAUCUUCAAAAAAAUGCAUUUUCGAUUUCAUCUUCGACGUGUGUUUUCACGCAUUUAUCAUAGCGGUAAAACCAAUAGUUUUAAUACAUGAUCACAGAUUGAUGUUUUAAGAGUAACAGGACAAUACAUUUAAACUUCCCCGAUGAGCAUGUUAUAAGUGUAUUUGAAUCAAUUGGAAUCAAAGUAAGAGUCUGUAAUGUGAAAAUCUUUUAAUAAUGUACAGCAGAAUAAUUUAGAGUAAAGUCCAAAUCUUGAUUUACUUUGUAUUACUUGUGCAAUAUCUAUUUAUAAAGUUUUGUUACAUAUAAAUAUUAAUACUAUAAUACCAUUGUCAGAUUUAUUAUUACUACUAUCGGUAUUGACCCAAGGAUAAACUUUAUACAUUUACCUAUCUGCGUUAAAUAUGUAAAUAUAUUAUAAUAUAGGCAUAUAAAUAUAUGCUUAUAUAAUGUGUAUGAAUGUUACAUAGUGAGUAAUGUGAAAUAAAACUAUUCUGUUGUACUAAAGUUGUAAGUUUUGAAAAUGUUCAGUUCCAAGAAAAGGGGAAAAAUGAUCUCUAAUGUUAUUUUGAUUAAAUUUUUUUACUAAAUGUUAUGAGUGUUUGAUAAAAAUUUGAAUGUGUUACUAAUGAAGAGUAUUUUUCUUCUGGACUAUUUUCAGCAAUUAAUCGAUAAUUGGUCAAUAUUGCUUUAA